AUGGCCGAUAAAAGGCCCUUUCCUCCUGAGGAAUUCUCACUGUCGCCGCCGACGAAGAGGCCGAAGAAGAAGGUGGCCUGUCAAAGAUGCCAUUCCCAGAAGAUCAAAUGUACUGGAGAACAGCCUUGCGCAAAAUGUGUUCAAAGCGGCGUCGGCAAUGAUUGUCAGUAUCAAGCACGUGAUCGUAAAAUAACUGUUAGUCAAAGUUAUAUCGAUCAGCUACUCGCCGAAAAUGAGCGCCUGAGGGAUCGGCCUGGAACGCCGACACGUGAUGCUCCUUCAGAUAUCGAGCCCAGGAGAGUUGAGGACCACGCAGACCCAGACCAGUCUCGAAGAAAUCCCAUAAUCGGCGACCAAGCUUGGUUUCAAAGUUACGAUCCUGUCGCUCCUCCAAUUUAUGUUGGAGAGGCUGCAUGUACCGCAUUUGCUACUCGGCUCCGCCGAUUUCUCACUGGCAAUACCACAGCUGCCCAUAUCCCCCGUACGCAGUAUAUGUCGGAGGCUACUCUAUCUGCACUAAGUAAUUUAGAUGUGCCAUGGCCAAGCUUCACGCAUGCAUCGUUGCUGUUGAAAGUUGCCUUCCAUCAAGCUGGCAGAGUUUACCACAUGAUGUGUCGAAAGUCCACCUUCGACACUCUAAAAGAGACAUACGAGACUCAAAACUUCGACUCUCCGGUAAAUAAGUGCAAGUUUUUCACAUUAUUUGCCUUAGGGGAAGUGUAUUCCAUAAGAUCAAACUCAUCUACUGGCCAGGUUCCGGGAGUAAAUUAUUACUCCAAGUCGCUUGCUCUCAUUCAGAUUCUUCCAGAGCGGCCUACUAUCACGCAUAUCGAGAAUCUGCUACUCCUGUCAUUGUUCUCUUAUUCAUUGAAUAGACGUCACCAUGCCUUCCUAUUGAUCGGAAACGCCAUGCGACAUGCGCUAGUCAUUGGAAUGAAUCACAAUCUCGGGCCAUCACAAGUUUUGGAUCCAGUUGAGCGUGAGCACCGCGUACGGAUCUGGUGGACGAUCUACAUAUUUGACCGUAUGUGGGGCUCGAAGAUGGGUAUCCCAAACUCGAUUCUGGACGAGGAUAUCCAUGUGGACAUGCCAACUACAAUCUCCCCCAAGGAAUCACACGACGACCAGUUUUCAGACACGGACUACGCAACUGCAAGUGUCAAGCUUGCUAGAAUUGCUGGGGAGGCGAUAGUGAAGAUAUAUAGCCGGAAAACUUACAAAGAGACUUUUCUUCAGCGAGUCCAGCAAUUGCUCAAGUCGCUCAAAUCAUGGGUAGAGACACUUCCCGAACACCUGAGGUUGAAGUCCGAAGAUUCUGGGCGUAUCAACCCGAAGUACAUCGUUUCUUUGCACCUUUCUUUCAACCAAAUAAUUAUCCUUACUACUCGACCUAUGCUGCUUCGCGUUGUGACUCAAAUGAGCAAGCAAGCCACCGAGAGAAGUGGGAGCCGGGACGGUGUUUCGCAAGCAGCAUUGACUCUAGCGGAAGCUUGCAUACACGCCGCAAAGCAUUCACACUCAUUGAUCAUUCAUCAAUGGACGAGUGGAUCAUUACCCAUCUUCGGAUAUUUCAGCGUCCAAUAUCUCUUCUCGGCAGCGAUGGUCAUGCUUAUGUCGAGUCUGAUCUCGACUGAAAAUGCGAUGAGUGACAUGGAAGCUUUCGAGACAGCUGCACAAGUACUUCAAUGUAUGAGCGGAGAUGGAAAUUUGGCAGCAUCAGAGUUCUCCAGAAACUUGGAUGAAAUCAAGUUGAGUCUUGAAAUUUACAAAGGGAGACGAGAUGACACGAACACCGAUGAAACAAGAGUUGGCCUCCCGGAUUCCACAUUUUCGAUAGCUGCCGAAAAUGGGGACAUUUCAACGAACUUUGCAAGUGGAACGAGUGCAUCUAUGAGGAAUGCCCCUGGAGCAUUCACAACUGAGAUGGCUUUCUUGGAGCCCACGAUGCAGAGCUUUCUGGCGCAAUCCGAUUUUGAUCUUGGCCUAUUGAACCCAGCUGAAUUGUCGGGUGAUGCAAGCAGCUCCCUCUACUUUUGGAACACGCCCCAAUGGACAGAAUAG